CAAGUUCGAAACGCUUCCCCAGCGCUUCGAGCUUGGACGCUGCCGAGGGGAGGCUCUGCGUCCCUUUCCGAGAACAGGCCUCGACAUCCACUGCGUGCGCCAAUGCAUGUCCGUUCUGGCCACUGCUACCUCUUGUGGUGGCGCACUGCCAGGACUGGGCAAACUGAGGGGUUUCCAGAUCCUGGGGCUGGCAGUGAUGCGUCGGAAUUCCUUCACGGCCACUCCGUCCGCGAUGGGAAAGAGGCGAGACCGUCGUGCUGCCUAGGAGUCGACCGAAGAGGCGUUCCUGGCCUCUGCGACGCCAGUCGUGAGCCGUCGCCGUGAUCGUCCAUGCCGUCGUCAUUCCUCGCCCCGACGUCCACGUUCGAUUUCUUCUGAGAGGGAUGACCGCAGCAGAUCAGGUUCUGGAAGCGAAGGUCAGAAUGAGUCGGGUGAAGGCUCCACCUCGUUCGUUGACUACACCAAGCUGGACUACGCUCACAUCGCCUAGCACGUCACGCGCCAGCCAUCACCGAUGCGCUCUCUGCCUCGCUCAGUGAGCACGAAGGUUGCAAUGCAGAUCGAUGCAACGAGCAACUCCAUCAUGUUUGAGUUCGCCAGCUACAAGACACAAGGUGACGCUCCUAUGGCAGCGAUCGAAGCCAUGCUCGAGUCGAUCCAGGUCCCCAACCAGGAUGCUGUGAUGGGAAGUGGUGCUGACGCCAAUGGUCAACCUCGCCAGGACCCCUGGGCUGCCUUCGGUGCCCCCAACAAGACUGAGCAACUCGAGGGCUCGGUUAAGGCCUUGACCCAGGAGGUUCGCGAGCUCAAGAAGCUCAUUCAACGUGAUGGCGUUGGUCAUCGUCCUGCUGGUUCGGUCGGCAGCGCGAACCCUCCUGCCAGUGGUGAUUUGUCCGCCAUCAACGAUUGCAAACGCGGCACUUUCCCGAGGUGCAUCACGAGCGUGCAGAAGACGGCGCACUUUGAGCAGUUCCUUUGCCCGAUGGUCCCUGCGUAUCUAUUUGCCUCAGCCACACCACAGCUGACGGGAGCAUCCAAGAGUUACGGCCCCACCUUCUCGAAUGCUGCCGGGGUGAGGAGUUUUUCCGAGUCCAUGAGUGACAGAUUUCAGAGCUGGCAGGGCCCGCGUACCUCCUCGUCAUGCCCUCUCCGCGGGCGUCAGGACUUGCCCAUCGACGUGAGGGCCAAGCACAGGGCUGGCAGCCGCCUCUGGGAGGACAUGCUGAGCCUCGUUACCAAUGCCAGGUUUCGGAUCACAGGCUCGGGUCAACGGCUACCAGGACCUGGUCCACCCCUCGUCCAAGGGGGGCACCUGUGAGCUCUUCUGGAUCAAGGGCUCGGAGUUGCCGGAGUUCACGUUCGAGCCCGUCCUUGCCUUAUUCGCGCGGUGGCGCAUCCCCGAGCAGGAGGUCACCGCGAUGGUCGGCAGGCUCUCCGACUUGAUUUGACGUUUUCAUGAGCAUGGGCGCCCUCGGGAUCAGGAUGCUUUUGCUCCUCCUCUGGCGACGGGUGCAGCAUCGAGUCGGCCUCCUCUUCUCCAAGGGCUGCCUGUUCACCGUUUCGCGCUGGCAGUAGGAGCCAUUGCGCCCGAGCUUGCUCUGUGCAGUCCUUUUCUCUCCCCGCUCGUUCCCUGGCUCCUCGUCUUCGUCGUCUUCGUCUUCGCCGUCCUCUUUUCGUCUUCGUCGUCAUUUUCGUCUUGCCGUCCCCUC